AUCACCAUUUCUGGUCGGCCACAAGCCAUUUAGUGAUGCUUGCAUCGGACUUUGACAUACAUAUGUAUAGUGAAGCAUUUCAUUUAUGCGCCCGACGGAGCACUUGUUAGCUCCCGAAUAUACUCAGGUACCUGCCACCUGCCUUGCAUUCCAACGGCCAUUCCUGCCCUACUGUAUGUAGGUCGUUACCCAGGUAUGAUCGGGCCGAAUCUUAGUGCAGAUCAUGAAUCUAGGCAGCCGAUGUUUCUGAUUACAACUGGAGUUCUAGUCCUGCUAUCAACAAUUGCCGUGGCUCUGAGGCUUUACUGUCGCAUCUUUCGCAUCCGCAAUGUUGGACUCGACGAUUACUUCAUGGUUGCUGCCCUUCUUGUCACGAUUGGCAUGGCGAUUAUGAAUGGUUAUCACAUCAGCUGGGGCACUGGACAACAUUUGAAGUACUUGGAUGUGCCUGCUAUGAGGAUUCCCACACUCAAGCAUUUCUACUUCUACCAAUUGGUAUAUCCCGUGGCACUGUUCUUGGUCAAAGCUAGUAUAUUGGCGUUGUACCAUCGUAUCUUUGAGCGGUUACAAUUCCGGUACAAAGUGUGGUCUGUAGCUGCAUUUGUCACGAUCUACACAAUUGUGGUUCUCUUCGUCAGUGCUUUCGAGUGUAGACCUAAGCCAUCACAAGCAUGGUCACCUACUUUUCCAAAGGGGUGCAACAACCUGCGAGCUACUUACUUGGCACUUGGAGGCAUCAAUAUCCUCACCGACAUAACGAUCUUUCUACUACCUUUUAAGCCCUUCUGGAAACUGCAGCUAGAUUCGAGGCGGCGAUGUGCGCUUUUUGGUGUCUUCGGGGUUGGAGGCAUCGCCGUCGCUGCGUCAAUAGUAAGGGUGUAUGCACUAUGGCUGUACAAUGUUACCAGAGAUAUAUCGUACGAUUCGAUAUUUAUCCUCCUUUUAUCACAGAUCGAAGUAAACGUCGCUAUCAUAUCCGCCUCGGUUCCAGCCUUGCGGCCACUUCUCCGCAACACGUCUCUCGACUUUAGUCAACCAGAAGCGUGUGGCAGCGCCUAUCGACGUACAGUCAGCAGUGGCUCCACUACCAAUGGCCGAAGUGCUCGCAAUCUGAUUGAGUCUAGCGGUCAAAUUUCGCUUCUCUCGAUGGAGAGGCGUAGUCCGGUGAUAGAACGGAAAACCUCAUGCGGAAGAGGAAUGAACAGAACGAGCGAGGAUUCAGAUCUAAAGGACGAUGGUAUCAUGAGCACAACGGAGACAACGAUAGAAUUUGAGCAGAUGCCUAGCGAAACCCUCCCACCUAGCAGGCGUUGGAUGACUACAAGGCAUCUGAAUGAUACACGGUAGAAAAAUAACACGGGACAGACUAGACAGUAUAACGACUUUGAGUUGUAGGAUCGUGGGAACGUGACUAUCAAUGGAUUGACCAUGUGUUUAAGCCUUUAGCCUUGACUUGAAGACCUUUCCUACAUUACAC